GAAGGAGGGGGAAAGGCACCAACCAGCAGCCGCUCCAGCCCUGCCGAAGUUUCACUUUUUGUCUGUGGGUUCGCUCCCGGGCCCCGCGCGAGCUUUCCUGGGAUAAGUAGCUUUAGCGAGCGGGGGAGAGCCGGGCGCUGCAAGUCAAGUGCACCCUGCUCUGUUCUAGGUGCUGGGAUAUAGUGAUGAAGGAGACAGACAAAGUCCAUGGCCUUGGAUUGCUGGCAGCCUAGCGAGUGAGACAGACAACAGACAAGUAAACAGAUCCAUGCUUUCAGAAAGUGAAAAGUGCUACACAGGAGAAUACAGAAGCUUUAGGACCCAGCGAGCGACAGAGUUGUGGGAACAUUGAGGAAAGAGAACUGAAGACAGAAUCCAGUCACCUGAUUCCAGUUUAGUGCUUUCUCCGUUGUUCUACAGGACACUCAUCGGAGGGUAGAUAUUUUUCCCCAGUUGACACUAGCAUUGCAGUUUGCUGAACCUUGUGUCCACUGAUCAUUCCAAGAGCUAGCUGUCCAAGAUUCAACAAUGUCGCACCCAUCUUGGCUGCCACCCAAAAGCUCUGCUGAGCCCCUUGGCCACGUGUCUGCACGGAUGGAGACCACCCAUUCCUUUGGGACCCCCAGCAUUUCAGUGUCCACACAACAACCACCGAAGAAGUUUGCCCCAGUCGUUGCUCCAAAGCCCAAGUACAACCCAUACAAGCAACCUGGCGGUGAAGGUGAUUUUCUUCCACCCCCGCCUCCACCUCUAGAUGAUUCCAGUGCUUCUCCAUCGGGCUCUGGGAACUUCCCUCCUCCACCUCCCCUUGAUGACAGUGCUUUCAGGGCACAGGGAAAUCCUGGAGGCAAGACCCUUGAGGAGAGACGCUCGAGCCUGGACGCUGAGAUCGACUCAUUGACCAGCAUCUUGGCUGACCUGGAGUGCAGCUCCCCCUACAAGCCUCGGCCUCCACAGGGCUCUACUAGCUCAACAACAGCUUCUCCUCCAGUCUCCACCCCUGUCACAGGACAUAAGAGAAUGGUCAUACCAAACCAGCCCCCUCUGACGGCAACGAAAAAGUCUACAUUGAAGCCACAGCCCGUACCCCAGGCUGGACCCAUCCCCGUGGCUCCAAUUGGAACGCUAAAACCCCAGCCUCAGCCUGUCCCAGCCUCCUACACUACGGCAUCUACCCCUUCAAGGCCUACCUUCAAUGUGCAGGUGAAGUCAGCCCAGCCCAGCUCUCAUUACAUGGCUGCCCCUUCACCAGGACAAUUUUAUGGCUCAGGGCCAGGGGCCCAGGGCUAUAACACUCAACCAGUUCCUAUCUCUGGGCAGGGUCCACCUCCUUCUACACGGGGAGGCAUGGAUUAUGCGUAUAUUCCACCACCAGGACUUCAGCCUGAGCCUGGGUAUGGGUAUGCCCCCAACCAAGGACGCUAUUAUGAACCCUAUUGUGCAGCGGGGCCUGGCUAUGGGGGCAAACAUGACUCUGAUCCUGCCUAUGGUCAACAAGGUCACCCAAAUACCUGGAAGCGGGAACAAGGGUAUACUCCUUCUGGCACCGGGAACCAGAACCCUGCUGGGAUGUAUCCAGUUGCUGGUCCCAAGAAGACCUAUAUCACAGAUCCUGUUUCAGCCCCCUGUGCACCACCACUGCAACCAAAGAGUGGACAAACAGGAUCCAUGGGGCCUCCGGCUGUCCCCUCCUCAUUCCGCCCUGAAGAUGAGCUCGAGCAUCUAACCAAGAAGAUGCUGUAUGACAUGGAAAAUCCACCCGCUGAUGAAUACUUUGGCCGCUGUGCUCGCUGUGGGGAAAAUGUAGUAGGGGAAGGUACAGGAUGCACUGCCAUGGAUCAGGUCUUCCACGUGGAUUGUUUUACCUGCAUCAUCUGUAACAACAAGCUCCGAGGGCAGCCCUUCUAUGCGGUGGAGAAGAAAGCCUACUGUGAGCCCUGCUACAUCAAUACCCUGGAGCAGUGCAGCGUGUGCUCCAAGCCCAUCAUGGAGCGGAUUCUCCGAGCCACUGGGAAGGCCUAUCAUCCUCACUGCUUUACCUGCGUGAUGUGCCACCGCAGCCUGGAUGGGAUCCCAUUCACUGUGGACGCUGGCGGCCUCAUCCACUGCAUCGAAGACUUCCACAAGAAGUUUGCCCCCCGCUGUUCUGUGUGCAAGGAGCCUAUCAUGCCAGCCCCCGGCCAGGAAGAGACUGUCCGGAUUGUGGCUCUGGAUCGUGAUUUCCAUGUUCACUGCUACCGGUGUGAGGAUUGUGGUGGUCUCCUGUCUGAAGGAGAUAACCAAGGCUGCUACCCUUUGGAUGGACACAUCCUCUGCAAGACCUGCAACUCUGCCCGCAUCAGGGUGUUGACCGCCAAGGCUAGCACUGACCUUUAAAUCCAGUCACCUAUUUAGCAGUUAGUUGGUGGCUCUGAGAAGGAUGAAACACAAGAAAAAUAUAAGAAGAGAAAUAGGAAAAGAGAGGAAAGGCAAUCAAGCUAUGGGAUGGUCUCUACUUCAUCCACUAUUAACCUUUCUUUAGAAACACAUAGAGUAUGAGAUUUUUUAAAGUUCUUACCAAAUACACAUUUCACAUUUAAUCAUGUAGGACCUUGAUGGGCCUUUGUUCCCAAGGACUUGCACAUUUUUGCACGGAUUAUGCUCCAUCCCAUUCACUUCUGCAUUCCUUUAACUUUUAAUCCCUAUGUUUGUCUCACUUUUCAUCUGGUUGAAUGGCUUUUUUUAGUGUGGUAUUUGCUGUCACACAGCUUUUCCUGGGUGAGUUUGCCAACUCACAGGUGCUUUUAGGCUUGAAGGCUCCAUCGUAUCACUUCCACAUUGCCAGUAAGCAUAAAAGAUAGCCAUUCUUUUUCUGUGUAUUGAAAAAUAGAUCUUUCUGUUGCUCUAAACUAGUCGUGUCCCUUGGGGAAAAAACAUGCACAAUUAUAUGUCAGGCUAUAAAGAAUUUAAGCUGUAAAUUACAUAGGUUAAAAGAAGCUCACAUUGAAUUUGCAGCCAUCCUAAUUCAAAAUCUAUAAUGACCAGUGUUUGGGGCUCAUUUGAAAACAGAUACUGGUGAGAGAGAACCAAACUUCAAUAUUUUUCUAAAGAAAUUACAGAUAGGGUAUGCUGGAUAAAGCAUUUUGGGGUUAUAUUUGAAAAACUCAUUAUUACCCCAAAAUAUUAUCUUAAGAUUUUCCUUUUCCAUGCUACCUGGACAUAAUAAUAUGGACAAACUUGGUUUUCUCUAGAAUAUAACAUUUCCAAUACUGUUUCGCUUUUCAUGUCAGAAAUAUUGCCAUUUUUUUAAAAUAUCCAAACACAGGUACCAAAAUUGACUUUUUCUCUAGAGGAAAAUAGCUAUAAAGAGCAGUUUAAAUUUUUUUUUUUCCAGGCCCAGGUCCCUUUUGCCUGACAGUUGCAAAUCAGGGCACAUAAAAUUGUGUUCGUUUUGUGUAGUUUACUUUAAAAAGACAGGAAAGCUUGAAAAGAUUGUGAAACCACAGUCUCAUUAUUCUUAUAAUCCUUCUGCAACUCAAAUUACAUACUGCAGAAGACAUUUUCAUAUCAUCGAUGUGACAUUUACACCACACUUACAAAGACAAUCACUGAAAAAAAAUUGCCUUUUUGAGCUAAAAAUAUGCAGAGUCUCUGCCUAGAAUCUUUAUUCAAACUCUUAUUGGGCAGUGAAAUGCUUGCUUGCCAGCUCCAGGACCGCAUAUACUUUAUUACGUUUUAACAUGUUUCUUUUAAGGAAGGGCACUUCUCUUAGUAGCAGGUUACUGUUUUGUAAACUAAUUAAGUAUCUUGGAUUAAGAUUAGUUAAAACUUUCUUCAAAUUUUUCACAAGUAUAUACUUUUAAAUUAUGAAGUAUUUUAAAUAUACACAAAAGUAUAAAUAAUAAUAUAAUGAAUCUCUGUGCCACCCAGUUUAAGAAAUCAAAUAUAACAAAUAUAGCUACAUUCCCCUGUAUACCCUUCCCUGAUUCCACAGAUAUUUUUCAUGAUUAGAAAGUGAUAAAGUUUUCUAGUCUGAGUUUUGUUUCUAAUUUUUAAUUUUAACUCUCAGAAAUGAAAAAUUGUGCGUGUUUUGAAUUGCAACCCAGGCCUCAAGAGUCCCAAUUAAAUUUAUUUUACUUUAGUAGGGAUAAUCGUAAAGGUGGUUGAUUUUUUUUUUUUUUCUGUAAGAAAUUCUUCAGCUUAUAGCUCUUCUGAGUUAAUCUGUGGCUUAUUUGCUUUGGUCACCAAACGGUUUUGUUUUAGAACCACCACAGUUACAGCUUUUCAAAGGGUCCUUUGACCACUGUCCUUUCCUUACCUUGCUGCCCUUAUCCUUGACCUCACAUUUCUCAUAAUGUGAAAUACAAGGGGUCCACUUCGGGCAGCAUGUGAAUUUUAGGAUACAAUGGCACCUGUAUCUCUGAAUUUCUGUCUUCCAAAUGAAAGGCCAGACCAUGCGGAUGAUCUCAAAGAAUACUGACUAUUAGACAAUUGAGGUGAUAAUGAUAAUAUAAUCUGCUUGAAUUGUUUCAGUAACUUGUUUUCUAUGAAAUACUUGGGGGAAAAUUGUCUUUUGGUCAAAAGCAAAGAGCCCAGUUUAUUGAGAGAGAGAUUUUAUCUCUUGAAGUGCAGUCCUAUUAGUAUGAAUUAGAUUUUAUCUCUUGGAGUGCAGUCCUAUUAGUAUGAAUUUUGCCAAAGGAGGGAGAAUUUAUGAAAUAUUUAUACUAUAAAAAUGCAAUAACAUUCUACUUGUUUGUUACAUUUAAGUCCUUAUGUAACUGAAUGUUUACAUGCCAAAAAAAAAGAGAGAGUUAUAAAAAAAUGCUUUCACAGACCCCUCACUGUGGCAUUGCCAGAAUACUGCUUACUUACAAUCUUUACAGUGCAUUUUUAUCACAUAACCUCAGAGUAUCUUUACCAAAGAUUUUUAAAGUAAAUCUCUUUUUAAUAUAGACUUAUCAUACUUUUAUAAUAAUGAAUGUGCACACCUACAUAUAUAGGUAUUUAGAUUUAGAUUUUUUUUCUUUCACAAGGUAUAAUAAGGAAAGGAUCCUAAAAUAUUUUAUUUCAGGAUUUCUUAAAUAUAUGAUUUAUAUUGCUUUCUUAUCUUCUAUUAAUCAUUUGGUGUCAGCAAUGCCAAAUCACAUUUUACUGUUUUAGCUACAUGAAAUUUUGCCUCUAACAGAGAUAUAAAGACCUAAUACCUUAAGGAUUAUCAUUCUACUGUCUUUUGAUAUAUUGUCUUGAUUGUUAAUCAUUUAAAUACAUAAAUAAUAGAAAAGAAUCAUAGAGUCUAUAAGAGAAAGUUUGUAAAAAUAUACUAAAAAUAUACUGGCUUUAAAAAAAAUUGUCAAGAACACAAAUAUUUGGUAAUUUUAUGUAACAUGAGAGACAUGGAAAAGGAAAAAGAAACCCACUGUGUCUUGGGCUCUGCAGACCGUUUCACAGUUAGAUUUCUCCAUUGCCUGGAUCUCCAGCUCAUGGCGACUCAGUGUGGAGGCUCAUCUGCAAACAAAUCGGCCUUUAAAACUCAAAAAUAAGUCAUGUGUCCCAGCAAAGUGCAUCAAGACUUUGAGAUCCUGAACAUCUCUGCAGCUCAAAGAUGUGGGUUCUUUUUUCUUUCAUUAACCAAUAGUUUCUGUAAGAGCAACUUCUCUGAUCAAAAUUACUACAUUGAGUGUAUGCUGAUUAAUACAGUGGAGAUAUCAGCAGUAUAAUUGUUUUCUCACUGUGAAAGAUUCUGCAGAGAUGUUUGUGAUGAUGUUUCAAGCAUAUAAAACUCUCAAGUGUUUUAUAUUUGGGUCCCAGGGGGAAAAAAAGAGCAUUUUACCAUGGGGCUAUAAUAGAGGGUUUAUGGAAUAUAGACAGGACUCUGAAAACACAACUUCCAACAGUUUUCCUAGUUAGUAAAAAUCCUAUUAAUGUGAACCAGCCAGGAGUAACAGUGUUAUUUCUAUUUGAUAUGGUUUGGGCUUCUCUUGUCAAAUCUGUUGUCAGCUGCCCCUUGAUCCCUCCAUUAUCAAGUUUUGCAGGGUGUUGGGGAAGUUAUGGCAGCUGCCAGGGAGAUCAGGGAAACACUGAUAUAACCUCACAGCCUCUCACCAUUCCUCUUGGCUUGGAAAGGCUUUUUUUCCAUAUACAUUUCUAGAAAUAUUGCUAUUCUACCUUAGUAUUUCACAUUUGUAGUUUAAACAAGCGAUUGUCCAUCUGUUGCCUAGAGCUACAGUACAUGUGUGUUAUGAAUGAAAUAUGACAGCAUGUUCCAUACCAUGCUUUAGCCAUCUGUAGGAAACCAGGAGGCUGGAAAAGAUAUACCUCUGCAAAAUGUGCCUCAAGUUCAUUUCCUGAGAUCGCUCUUUUGGUGCACUUUCAUGGGAGACAAUCAGAGAGCAACAUGUAUUUGUGCCUUAUUUUUAAAGAAUCUUUACACUACUAUGAAUGCUCCAUUGAAGAGUCUGUCACUUAAAUAACCAUCCCCAAAUCUCCAAGAUAUACUCAUCACAAAGUCAAAAUCCAGAGAAAUCUGAACUCUUCAUCUUAAUGUAUUCUAACAGUAUUUCUGUUCUCGCCAUCUCUUAGAAGUACCUUACGGAUUCCUCAAUUAGGUAAAUAUUCUUAUGCCACAAGGUGAUGUCUUGGGUGUUGUUAGUGACUUAGCGGUCUUACUCUCAUUUUAGUUAGAUAAGGAAGACAGACUUCCACUUGAGCCUUUAACAUCUAUUCGGCAUGUCCACUUUUUUUUUAAUUGCCACAAUUUUUUUGUUUGUUGUUGUUUUUUUUUAAUUUAAUAGUGUACAGAACAAGUUGAGGAUCUUGGUUCUGAGUCAUUAUUAUGGUGCAAUCAUGAACAUUUCAGGUCAAGUUAUUUCCUUGAUGGAUAACUUUUCUCAUGAAGCUGUUGUUUAGUUCACUUAUUAUUUCAACCUUUAAAAAGUGAUCUCAUUAAAGCUGUGUGGCGUGGUGAGAGUUCUUCCUCUCUCUCUCUCUCCCCCCACCCCUUGUCUCCCUACUUAUUCCUUCCCAUUCCUACUCAUUAAUGUUAUCGUGCUUGGACUUUUCAUAAAUAAGUUAAAUCAAUGCAUUACAAUCCAUAUGGAAUUAUGAUCAUAUUAAAGGAAGAAUUGUACCGCAAAAUAUAUGUGUCAUUCAUCAAUUCUUUCUUUAAAAGUGCCUAUUUUUCCAGAUUGUGUUUAUUCAUAAAGUGAGGUGAGUUAAUAGAGUCUUUCAGUUUUAUUUUAAUGAGUUUUCAUCAGGGACUCAGAUCACAGAGUUCUUGGCAAAUUCCUUUAUGACUGGCCUACUUUUCUCAGCUAUAGGCAAAGUGAUCUUUCUAAGAUUAGGUUGAAAUAUUUUUUUAAUCCAAAG